AUGGAAGACAACCCUACUCAGAGUAGGUACAUCACUGUACGAUUCGUGACCAAUGAACGUCAAGCUGCGUUGCGUGAAAGCGCGCACCAUAGUAUGUCUCAGGUGGAUGACUUGCUGACGGAGCGUGUCCUCGUGUUACUUGAUAGCACAAUAUUCCUUCUCUACGUCGUGGUGAUAGGCUCACAAAACCACAACUGUGGUGGGCUUAUACUCGCGCAGUAUUUGAUACAACUUCUUCGCCUGGACAAUGACAAGAACAAAAUCAAUGCGCUGAUCGUCAAUCGGAAGAAGUGGUGCCGCAAGAAUAACAAGAAUAUUUUUUUAGGAAUAAUAGACAAUAGUUAA